ACGGCGUGCGCACUACGAUGUGUAAUCGACUCCCAGUCGUGUUGAAAUAAGAGGGGUGACACACGGGUCUGACACCUGCAACUGUUUUGAUAUUCGAGGGCGCGAAACCUAGAUGAUUCACGAAGGAAAUACUUCCAAUGAAGCAAAGAGCACUUCUCUCUUUCAGUAGAUUCUGAUGAUGAUGGUAGCGCAACCUGCGUGAUUUCCUGCUGUGCUGUGUCGGAGCCAGUUCGUUUGGAGGAGAGGAACCUCCCCUUAUGUAUCAGUUACCUUGAAACUAACCCACUGACAGAAUGAUUGAAGAGAGCAGUAAGAGCGGGAAGUCGCUGGUGGAGAAGAGGCAGCUCUUCAUGGAGAUGAGGGCGCAAAACUUUGAUGUGAUCCGGCUUUCCACGUACAGAACAGCUUGCAAGCUGCGCUUUGUGCAGAAGAGAUGCAACCUGCAUCUGGUGGACGUGUGGAACAUGAUCGAGGCCUUCCGCGACAACGGGCUCAACACGCUGGAGCACCAGGCGGAGAUCAGCGUGUCGCGCCUGGAGACCAUCCUGUCGUCCAUCUACUACCAGCUCAACAAGCGGCUGCCCACCACCCACCAGAUCAACGUGGAGCAGAGCAUCGGCCUGCUGCUCAACUUCAUGGUGGCCACCUACGACAGUGAAGGCAGAGGGAAGCUCACCGUGUUUGCCAUGAAAUCCAUGCUGGCCACCAUGUGUGGAGGGAAAAUCGUAGACAAGCUGCGCUACAUAUUCUCCCAGAUCUCUGACUCCGGCGGCACGAUGUUAUUCCCAAAGUUCGACCACUUCCUGCGGGAGGUACUCAAGCUACCCACCGCCGUGUUCGAGGGGCCGUCUUUCGGCUACACAGAGCACUCCGUCCGCACCUGUUUCCCCCAACAGAAGAAGAUCCAGUUGAACACAUUUCUGGAUGUGCUGACGGCUGACCCGCCCCCCCAGUGCCUUGUGUGGCUGCCGCUCAUGCACCGGCUGGCUCAUGUGGAGAACGUCUUCCACCCAGUGGAGUGCUCUUACUGCCACAGCGAGAGCAUGAUGGGCUUUCGUUACCGAUGCCAACAGUGCCACGGCUACCAGCUCUGCCAAAGCUGCUUCUGGCGUGGUCAUGCCAACGGUCCCCACAGCAACCAGCACCAGAUGAAGGAGCACUCGUCUUGGAAGUCUCCUGCCAAGAAGCUGAGCCACGCCAUCAGCCGCUCCCUGGGCUGUGUGCCCAUCGGGGAGCCGCCGCAGCCCACCUUCCCCGAGGUCAGCGAGAGGCCGCCCGACCUGGCGCCAACCACUGUCCUGGAGAGCCCCAGUCGGCUGGACGAGGAGCACCGGCUGAUCGCUCGCUACGCCGCACGUCUGGCUGCAGAGGCCAGCAAUUCCACUCAGUGUCCUCCCACUGAUCUCGGAUUCAGCUUUGAUGCCAACAAGCAGCAGAGGCAGCUGAUUGCUGAGCUGGAGAACAAGAACAGGGAGAUCCUGCAGGAGAUACAGCGCCUGCGUCUGGAGCAUGAGCAGGCCUCUCAGCCCACACCGGAGAAAGCCCAGCAGAACCCCACACUGCUGGCUGAGCUCAGGCUGCUCAGGCACCGGAAGGACGAGCUGGAGCGGCGCAUGUCCGCCCUGCAGGAGAGCAGGAGAGAGCUGAUGGUGCAGCUGGAGGGCCUGAUGAGGCUGCUGAAGGCUCAGUCGGGCUCGCCCCACUCCUCGCCCAGCCACAGUGCCAGCUGCUCCAUGCCCAUGCCCAUCCGCUCCACGUCGGCCGGCUCCACGCCCACACACACCCCCCAGGACUGCCUGGCAGGGGUGGGCGGCGACGUGCUGGAUGCCUUCUCUCAGGGUGUACCUAGGAAUCUUCGUAAUGACCUUCUGGUUGCUGCUGACUCCAUCACAAACACAAUGUCCUCUCUGGUGAAAGAGCUCCACUCAGUGGACGACAGACUAGAGGAAGAGGAGGAGAAUCUGAGGAAUGGAAGAGACAAAGCUGUCACAGAAUAAAAGGAGCUUCUAUCAAUGAAAUGCAUCAUGGGAACAGGACCACCUUCCGCCAUUCUCAACAUCCGGAUGCAUUUGCAGAAAAAAAGAGAAGAAGAAAAAAAAAAACCUAAAACAAAGAGCUAGCAACAUCAACAAUCCUUUGCCCUGGCACGAGCACACAGAAUAACGCAUGCUGUUCAGGCUAUCGGGGCUUUUUCGCUGUGUGAGUCUAGGACGGGCACCCUCGUGCGCGGGCAGGAAGUGGUCUCUCACGAACACACGUCUGCACCUUCCUGCUGGAGGUCGAAGGUUCACUCACACAGGAACGGCUUUCUCUGGUUCUCAUCUCUCAUAGACUACAGAUGUCAAAAAUAUAAUAACGCUGUAUUCUGGUGCACACAGUUAAGCACACAUAGGUAUGUGUA